AUGGCAAUUGAGCUGAUGAGUGAUCCUCUGCUGCCAUCUACUGGUUAUAAUGGAUUCUUAGUGAAAGGUCCCUCUGGUCCUCUGGUUGCUGCUCUGGGAUCUUCAGUGGUUUUGCCCUGUUACGUUGAUGAACCCUUACCAAUGAAAGAUCUGGAGGUGGAAUGGAGGAGAACAGACUCAGCAAUUCUGGUUCAUCUGUAUGAAGAUGGUGAGAGUCGACCAGAGUCCCAGCAGCAGGAUUAUCAUGAUAGAGCUCAUUUCUUUACUGAUCAGAUUCAACAUGGAAACUUCUCCCUCCGUCUGGACAAUCUGAGAGCUGAAGACGAGGGACGAUACACAUGUAGAGUUUACAGUCAGCAGGAUUCUUCAGAAACUGUGGUUCAAAUGAAAGUUGACCGUUUGUUAGUAUCAGGAUCAGAUGAGUCCGUAUCUGCGUCUGUGGGUGAGGACGUCACUCUGAACUGCUCUGUAGACUCUCACAUCACACCUGAACACAAUGAAGAGGUUUUAUGGAAGAAAACUGAUGAAGAUAUUCUGGUUCUGCUCUACCAAAACAAUAAGACUUUAACAGAUUCAUCAGAUGAGCGAUAUAGAGACAGAGUUGAGUUCUUCACUGCUGAAAUCCCCAAAGGAAACUUCUCUCUCAGACUGAAGAGUGUCAGAACUGAGGAUAAAGGAGUUUACAUGUGUCAAGUGUUUGCUGGAGGACUUUCAGCCAACGCAACUGCAGUACUGGGCCGAAUGGGUGAGUCUUAA